UUAUAUUGGCAAAACUUUUUUAGAAACCAUGAUCUGGGCAUCCUAUAACUACUUUAUAUUGGCAAAUCUUUUUUAGAUUAUAUUUACAGCGAGUUCCAGGAACUCAACAAUUAGGCUGUGUUGGUCGUAAAUUUUUUGAAGGCAUUGUAAAUUCACCAUAUUUAAAUAAAAUAAGUAAUAAACUAAAGGAGUGCAUUGAUUUUCAUCGCUCUAAAUUUCAAAAUGAACCCAAUUCUGAAAUUGAUUUACGUUUAUCAAGGUACUAUGAAGCUUGUACCCUAUGGUUAACUGAUGUUCGAAUCCUUGAAUCUACCUUAUUCAUACCUUCAUUGGAUUCAAUGUACGAACCCAAUGAUCUAACGCACAUUAUUAAUGGGUCUCAUGAGUGGUUGUCAGACCUAAUCAAUCAUAAAUUAAUUAAAGAAAAUAAACUUGAGUGUGUACAAAAUUGGUGUGAUUUAUUUGGUAAAAAUAUUCUAAAUAGCAGUCAAUCUAAUAGAAGAAUACCUCUAGAGAAGGAUCCUAUUACUAGAAUUAUUAACAGGUUGAAAUCUUAUGAUGAUCCUAUAAAAAGUCCAGAUUUUGUAUUACGACUAUCAGAUAUCCAAACAAUAUCUACUAAUAUGUUGUAUCAUAAAGAUCAUUUGCAAAAUAUUGUACAAUUAAAUAUUAAACAAAUUGUACAAUUUAUUAACAGAGUUUACCGAAUGCAAACAGUUUGUCAUGAAAAUUUAGACAAUCGUUACAUUGAUGGUGUUAAAAUGGUUUAUGUCCAAGUAGAUUCUACUACCAGAGUUCAAGCAGUUUGUGAUUACAAAACAAAAAAAGGCAGUACAAGUAGUUGUGCUGGAGCUGCUGAAAUUACUUUUCAAAUUCGAGAAGCCAAGUUGAAUUCAGAUGUAGUUGAAAUUAAUUCUAAUAACAGAUCAGAAUUGGACACAUUAAUUAUUGAUAUUUUGGGAAAUUUGUUACCACGUUCAUUAACAACGGCAUGUACUACAAUGAAUCUAAUUAUUCAGUUAAUAUUCAAUGAAUUAAAUGCAUUAAUAAAAAUUGGAGAUAUUGCACUAGUUGCUGAUAUUCAAUCAUCAGGUGUUUGGUUGUUUUAUACACUUAUGUCUGAAUAUGCAAUUCUAAAGACGUGUCCAUUCAUUGAAAAAUUUGUAUUAAAUAUGCUUCAAUCUAUUGGAAAUGUUUUUAUACUGAAUAAUGAAAAUGAAUGUUUACGUGUACAAAAUACACCAUUGAACUACUCUGAACUAGCUGAUAUACUGAUUCCUUUAUUUUCACCAUCUAGUGCAUCUACAAAUACAUUUAUGCAAGCUUACAAAAAUAUUGUUGACCAUUGUAAUGCUCAAUAUGAGCCUAUUGCAUUAAGUUUACUCUCUAAAUUCAGUGUAUCUGUUUGUUUAUCAACCAAACAGCCUUUACUGCAUGAAAGGUCGAUAUUAAUGGAUUACUGCAUAGGAGCUUUAAUAUUAGUUAAACAACAAACACGAUCAGAUUAUACAUGGUCUUUACAUGAAAUUUUUAGUCAACAUCUAUGUGAAAUAAUGGAUCAUGACUUUCCCGAACAUUAUGGUGAAAUAUUACUAAAACUUUUAGAUCAUUCUAAAGAAGGUCGCAUUUAUUGUCAAGUAUGGUUCAAUAUUCUCAAUACAAUUUUGGCUCAAGCUGUACCUACAACACAAACUAAUGCUGUGAGAACAAUUUUGUUGCCAGGAAUGUCAACAGAUCAACUAAGAGAUGUAGUUAGGCGUUAUGCAACUGAUCAACGAUCUCUAAGCUCACAAGAGCUUCAAGAAACUUUACAUCUUUUGACUACACAUUUUGCUAAUGAAAGACUAAAAUCUGCUACUGGAGAGCUAUAUUCAAAAUAUAAUGUAUAUAUUGAACCAUUAGUUGGUUUGUACGCUAUGGUUAGCCAUGCAUUAGUUGUAGGAACAUUACAAUCUUAUCGUGGAAUGUUAGCAAAUAAAAUAUGUGAGUUUUUAGUUCCAACAUUAAUAAGUAUGUUUGGUCCAUGGUUAGAACCAUGGUAUGAGGGUUGGAACACUGAUCAUAAAUCAUUGAAACUGCCUUGGUUGGCUACAGAUACCUCAAUAUCUGCUUUGAUGAUUGAUGCAUUAGUGGAAUGUAUUACAUUUGUUUUGGACACCAUGCCUGCUUGUGAUAAUGUCUUAAGUUAUAUCUGUCAAUGGUACAUAAAAAUGUUUGCUCAUAUUCAGACAAAUGAUUACAUUUUUGAUCGCACUUCCAUCGCAUUGUCUUGUGUUCCGUGUAUUAAAAAAGAAAGAAGUCAGAAUAAACAGGCACCAUCGCCAACAAUGGGGACAACAGAAUGUUGUUCAAGUUUUCCAUUAACUAAAAGACUUUCUUUAGCCAUUUAUUAGAUGGCCCUUGAACACUCAAUAAAUUCAUAGCACGUUUUGUGGAACUAUUCCUAUUAUCUGCCAUGAUGCCCGCCACAAUUGUAAUGAACCUAUGAAAUAAAUAAAUCUUUAUUAGAUUUGAAAUUUUUAAAUAAAAAUAUAAUUACUUUUUUGAUUCCAAUAGACAA